CGUUGAGGGCGGAAGUGACGGGAAGGUGGUAGUGAGGUAGUUGGCGGAUGGUGGAGUAGAGAGCCGGUCGCCAUGUCCGCGGGGAGCGCGACACAUCCAGGAGCUGGCGGGCGCCGCAGCAAAUGGGACCAACCAGCUCCAGCCCCCCUUCUCUUUCUCCCGCCAGCGGCCCCAGGUGGGGAGGUCAGCAACAGUGGGGGAAACCCUGGGGGAGCUGCGGCUGCGCCCUCAGGAGCCUUGGAUGCCGCUGCUGCUGUGGCUGCCAAGAUCAAUGCCAUGCUUAUGGCCAAAGGGAAGCUGAAACCAACUCAGAAUGCUGCUGAGAAGCUGCAGGCCCCUGGCAAAGGCCUAACUAGCAAUAAAAGCAAGGAUGAUCUGGUGGUAGCUGAAGUAGAAAUCAAUGAUGUACCGCUCACAUGUAGGAACUUGCUGACUCGAGGACAGACUCAAGAUGAGAUCAGCCGACUUAGUGGGGCUGCUGUGUCAACUCGAGGAAGGUUCAUGACAACUGAGGAGAAGGCUAAAGUGGGACCAGGGGAUCGUCCAUUGUAUCUUCAUGUUCAGGGCCAGACACGGGAAUUAGUGGACAGAGCUGUAAACCGAAUCAAAGAAAUUAUCACCAAUGGGGUGGUAAAGGCUGCGACAGGGACAAGUCCAACUUUUAAUGGUGCAACAGUCACUGUCUAUCACCAACCAGCACCCAUCACUCAGCUGUCUCCAGCAGUUAGCCAGAAGCCUCCUUUCCAAUCAGGGAUGCAUUAUGUUCAAGACAAAUUGUUUGUGGGUCUAGAACAUGCCGUGCCCACAUUUAAUGUUAAGGAGAAGGUGGAAGGUCCAGGGUGCUCCUAUUUGCAGCACAUUCAGAUUGAAACAGGUGCCAAAGUCUUCCUGCGGGGCAAAGGUUCAGGCUGCAUUGAGCCAGCAUCAGGUCGAGAAGCUUUUGAACCUAUGUAUAUUUACAUCAGUCAUCCCAAACCAGAAGGCCUGGCUGCUGCCAAGAAGCUCUGUGAGAAUCUUUUGCAAACAGUUCAUGCUGAAUACUCUAGAUUUGUGAAUCAGAUUAAUACUGCUGUACCUUUACCAGGCUAUACACAACCCUCUGCUAUAAAUAGUGUCCCUCCUCAACCACCAUAUUAUCCAUCCAAUGGCUAUCAGUCUGGUUACCCUGUUGUUCCCCCUCCUCAGCAGCCAGUUCAACCUCCCUAUGGAAUACCAAGCAUAGUGCCACCAGCUGUUUCAUUGGCACCUGGAGUCUUGCCAGCAUUACCUACUGGAGUCCCACCUGUGCCAACACAAUACCCGAUAACACAAGUGCAACCUCCAGCUAGCACUGGACAGAGUCCGAUGAGUGGUCCUUUUAUUCCUGCUACUCCUGUCAAAACUACCUUGCCUGCUGGCCCCCAGCCCCAGCCCCCACUCCCAACUCAGCCCCAGGCACAGAAGAGACGAUUCACAGAGGAGCUGCCAGAUGAACGAGAAUCUGGACUUCUUGGAUACCAGCAUGGACCCAUUCAUAUGACUAAUUUAGGUACAGGCUUCUCCAGUCAGAACGAGAUUGAAGGUGCAGGAUCGAAGCCGGCAAGUUCCUCAGGCAAAGAGCGAGAGAGGGACAGGCAGUUGAUGCCUCCACCAGCCUUUCCAGUGACUGGAAUAAAAACAGAGUCUGAUGAAAGGAAUGGGUCUGGGACCUUAACAGGGAGCCACGAUUAUCCAGCGAAGAAAAUGAAAACUACAGAGAAAGGAUUUGGCUUAGUGGCUUAUGCUGCAGAUUCAUCUGAUGAAGAGGAGGAACACGGAGGUCAUAAAAAUGCAAGUAGUUUUCCACAGGGCUGGAGUUUGGGAUAUCAAUACCCUUCAUCACAACCACGAGCUAAACAACAGAUGCCAUUCUGGAUGGCCCCAUAGGAAACGGUGGAACAGAGUUUUGACCCUCGGUGAUUCUUCGUAGCAAUAAUGCAUGCAUUUGGUUUAACAAGACUGUUGGGGCCUGUACCGGGAGCCAUUGUGGACCUUUACAGAAGUUAGAGAUGCAGUGUCUCCUUUCUUAAAAGGGGUUCCAUUCUUUUUUAAACAUUCUUAUUUCUGCAGUGGCAUAACAUCUGUUGAAAUUUACUUAGAAUCACAAAUUUGUCUCAAGCUUUUUAACAGUUGGUAAAAUGUGCUUGUCCAACAAAGCAUCCCAGCAGAGGUUAUUCCUGUAUAUGUUUGACCUGGUUCUGGCCUUUUCCAAGUGAAUAGCCUCAACUCUGAUAGAAAGUUUUAUUUGUAUUUUACUACUAUUGGGUCAAUUUUAAUAGUAACUGGUUACAAACAAAUCCUUACUAUUUAUUAGUAAGGAAAUACUUUUAAGAGCAUCCUUUCAGUACUUACAGUUCUAAGAGAUCCUCUUCCCUUUUUCAGUUUGGAUUCUUUCUGUUUUGGAAAAUGUUUUACUAAUUUAAAAUUGCCAGAUGCACCUGGAUUCUGAAUAGAAAACUGAAGUUAUUUUUUCAUUGUAUCUUUUUAUUGGGAUGAUCAAAGCUGGCACCUUAAUAAGGCACAUUUGUCUCAGAUAGCCAUUGCUGUUUUUAUUGCCUUUCUAAGCUCCUUGUCUUCAGCUGGGUAAGAGAAAACUACUUGAUUUUUUAAAAGCUGGUCAGAACUCGUCACAGAAGUGAAACACAGUGGUCUGUCUCUCUAAGAACUGGUUGUGACCAAAAUAGAGAGAUUUGACUACACUCAAUAGGAUGGUGGACUUAGUGACUGAAACUGCAACUUGUCCUUUUUUCUUGGCAUUACAGGUUUUGCCAAAAGAACUUUUUUGUAUCAAAUAUUGAUGUGUGAAAGUGAAGAAGCUAGUCUGCUGAACCAGGAAUAGUUUGAGAUACUGAACUGUCAUUUUUGCACAUUUGAAUACUUUGCAGGCUGGCUUUGUACAAAAUUAUCCUCUGGUUUCCUAUAUGUUGUAAAUAAUUAGACCAUAAUUUCAUUAUAAAUAAAUGUAUAAAUAAUCUG